AUGAGUAAUACAAUCGUCCUCGAAUCCACACCUACAUCCAUGGCCCCAUCAGUAACUCUUUCAUAUGCUGUUGCUCAGCAACAAGGCCCACUUGACGGAUUGGAUACCACAAUGGCAGCCCUACAUGGUCUGGGACUUGGUUUGACUUCUCCUUAUAAUACUCUCAAGCAAGAACAUCUAACGCCCAUCUUCUCGUCCGCGUCACCUUCAUCCACACUGACAUCCCCGCUUGAUCUCAGUGAACGAUUUGGGUCAUUUCAAUCACAUCCAUCUCAAGUGGAGUUGAAAGAAAUCUUUUCACCCCACGAGUUGAACCUUGACUUUGUCAGCUCCUCAACGUCACUCGGCAGUGUGCCCGGUCCCUGUCAACCAUCACCGCUAGAAACAUGUCGUGGUCAAUCUGUCUUCCCGAUCCCUACGCCUGGGUCUACAAUGUCUCAGGUUGUCUCCGAUUUUGAGCACAUCCCAGAGACUCUAUCCCUGAGCACAGACAUGAACACAGACAUGAACACAAACAAAGGAUCUACAUUGAAUCUCAGCUUAAACACACCUACGCUGGCCAAUAUGAUCGACGCUCCUUCUCCCUCUCCUUCCUCCACCCCUCCAUCCUCUAAUCCACCCUCACCGACAUCCCCUUCGUACGAUGAUAUCAUGACGCCUGUAGUGGCAUGUGCUAGCUGUAAAAAGUCCCAUAUCAAGUGUGACCAUGGACGGCCUUGUCAGAACUGUCUCAAGCACCCUUCCAAGGCUUCGAGCUGUCAAGACGCUGUUCCAAAGCCUAGAGGACGCCCAAAGGGUGGUAGCAAGGCAGCCGCAGCCGAGGCAACGGUCGGCAGCAACAGGGGCGUGUAUCAUCUACACCAUCCUCAUCAGUACUCAGGUUUCCAUUUAGUGCCAGGCCCAUAUCAGUACAUGCGUGGUGUAUCUGAGCAUUCACAGUUAUACCGCCAGCGAGCCAUGUCAUUCCCGCACAUCUCGUUUGUUCAUGAUCCACAUGAGCCAUCGCCCUGUAUCUUACAGUCUCAGCAGCAACACCAACAUCAACAUCAACAUCAGCCACAGCCACAGCCACAGCCACAGCACCAGCAACAACGACCGGACACACUUCAGCAGCAUUCAUUGCACUAUCAUCCUUAUCAGCAUGCUCAACCACAGCAUCCACAGAUGUCUCAAUUCCACCAACGCGCGGUUUCGCAUCCACAGACACGCUAUUCCACCCCUGAGGGCCAUUCACCCUCCGCGGUGGAUUUUCAGCGAUUAAGCCCUGGCCAUCCAUCCCCUGUUCCUUCGUCUCCUUAUUCUUGGGAGCCAUUAACUUUUUCCGAAUAA